AUGUCAGAUUACAGUUACGAGGAAGCCGAGGAUGAGUAUCUUCAAAGACCAAGGUUUUCUGACUCUCCAGAAUAUAAGGAACUGAGAGACAACAUAGUCGAGCAACUAUUUGAAAUUAACGGGCAAAUAGGAACUCUACAACAAUUCAACUCUACUCUCAAUAGCUUUCUGGACAAUGGGAACAUCAAGGCGAAGAUUGUUGAUAAAAUCGAUAAAAAAUCUGUAGAGAACAUCAAGAAAGUAAGAACUCUGAUUGAAAAGGUUAACGAUCUAGUUGUAAAAGUCGACAACAUCGAAGAAACGAGCCUGGACAAGACACAGAUAAUAUCGAGAGAGAAACUGAACAGAGAUGUCAAAAAUUCUUUGCAACAAUUCCAGAAUACUCAGCUUGAAUACACAAAAGUCAUGAAGUUGAUUAAUGAAAAGGCACAGGCUAAGCUGGAUGAAACCCAAGCGGCAUUUAGACAAGAGGUAGAAAAUGAUACACAGAGCCUGGAUGCCCAACAGUAUAAUAAUGUGGAGAAUACAUUCAGCCAAAUGGUUAUUGAAAUGGAUCCAAUUAACAAUGAAGAAUUCGUCUAUCAGCAAAACUUGAUACGAGAGAGAGAACUCGAAAUUAGCAACAUAGAGCAAGGUAUAGUGGACUUGAAUGAGCUAUUUCAUGAUUUAGGCAACGUGGUACAGCAGCAGGGGUCUAUGGUAGACAAUAUCGAAGCAAAUAUAUUUACGGCAGCAAGUCACACCAAGAACGCCUCUCAAGAGCUACAAAAGGCGUUAAGAUAUCAAAGGAACUCCAGUAAAUGGUGUGUUUAUCUUUUGAUAGUGCUAUUGAUAUUCCUUAUCUUGAUGAUUCUGAUUACACUAAUAUGA